GAUACACGCUAAUAACUUUUAUCUUGUGAGGGUAUGCCUGUAGUCCAUCUUAAAGUCCUCACACCUUUUUUGGCGCUCUGAAAUUAGGGCUGGGUGUACGCGUCAUUUUCUUGUUCUUUUUUUGGCUCAGUAAGAAUGCACAGAAUGCAGGUUUUGAGCCGCUUGUUGAAAACCCGGAGAGACUCUUGUGGGCUCUAGGACCAAGGAGACGAAUCGAUGAGAAGCUGGGGCUGUGAGCGUUCACAUAGCAGCACUGAGGAGGAAAACCCCAUCGGAUCCGCUAUUACAGGAUACUUUUGAAAUAUAUAUAGAUUUAUUUUCUGUUUGCACUGCAGCCUCCCGAAGAUCGCACAUGUGCAUUGGGAUUGUUGGUAACACACUGCACGUUUGGAGGAUCUGUGAUCAACAGCUCUUUCCACAGAGAAGCGUACUUGUUUGGUGUUUAAUCUUGCCCUUCAUUUUCUCCCUGCCGUUCUCUUUUACCAAGUAUCUAAAUGUAAUUCCUCUUUAUUCUUGGAUCAUCUCUAUGGAAAGGAAGCAUUGGUACUUGCCAAUGACCAAAUAGCACGAUAGUAAACGUACAUGAUUAUGUUGGAUUAAACCACUCUCUGGACAACUUGACUAUUGCUUGAAUGGGAUAUCUGGUCAAAAUAUCAUUUUUCACCCACAUUGUAAAACUAGAGGAAAUCGUGAUUUUUCUUCUGAUCCGGCGUUGUGAUGGUCAUAGAGAUUUCUUUCACUGACUGAAGGAACUGGACCAUUUUGGAAGCUGGUUGUAGGACUUGAGGACAGGUGAAAGAUGAAGGCUCCCAUCCCUCUCCUGAUCCUACUCUAUGCCGUGGUCACCAGGAGCUUAAAGGUGGUGUCCAAGAGGGGCUCAGUGGAUGGCUGUACUGAUUGGUCGGUGGACUACUUGAAAUACAAAGUGCUUCUGGGGGAGCCAGUUCGGAUUAAAUGUGCUUUAUUUUAUGGAUAUAUUCGGGCGAACUAUACCCAUGCCCAGAGCGCCGGACUCAGCCUCAUGUGGUACAAAAGCACGGGCCACGGAGACUUCGAGGAGCCCAUCUCUUUUGAUGGUGUGCGCAUGAGCAAAGAGGAGGACGCCAUAUGGUUCCGACCGGCGGAGCUGCAAGACAUCGGGCACUAUUCCUGUGUAUUAAGGAAUUCCACAUACUGCAUGAAGGUGUCCAUGUCUCUGACCGUGGCGGAGAAUGACACAGACCUCUGCUACAACUCCAAAAUGCGCUACUUUGAGAAGGCGGAGCUGAGCAAAAGCAAAGAGAUCACAUGUCCCGACAUCGAGGACUACAUGCAGCCGGGGAAGGAGCCAGGGAUCGUGUGGUACAAGGAAUGCAAGCCAAAACAGUGGAGACAAAGCAUUGUAAGAAGAAGGGAUACUCUCUCCAUUCGUGAAGUGAGGGAGGACGACAUUGGAAAUUACACAUGUGAAUUACAGUUUGGGAGCUUCGUUGUGCGGAGGACCACUCAGCUGACCGUCACAGCCCCUUUGACAGACAAGCCACCAAAGCUCCUUUUUCCCUCAGAGAACAAGCUGACCACCAUGGAGGUGCAGAUAGGUAGUCCUGUUAACCUCACCUGCCGGGCGUUUUUCGGCUACAGUGGAGACGUCAGCCCGCUCAUCUACUGGAUGAAGGGGGAGAAGUUCAUCGAGGAUCUGGACGAGAGCCGGGUUCGAGAGAGCGACAUCAAGAUCAUCCGUGAGCACCUGGGGGAAAAGGAAGUGUCAAUCUCCUUGACGAUUGACUCCAUGGAGGAGGGGGACAUGGGUAAUUACUCCUGCUACGUGGAGAAUGGCAACGGCAGGAGGCAGGCCAGCAUCCAGCUCACGAAGAGGGCAGAGCUGAUGUAUACAGUGGAGCUGGCAGGAGGCCUGGGGGCGAUCCUGCUGUUGCUGGUGUGCCUGGUCACGCUCUACAAGUGCUACAAGAUAGAGCUCAUGCUCUUCUACAGGAACCACUUCGGGAGCGAUGACGUGGAUGGAGAAAACAAAGACUACGAUGCAUAUCUGUCCUACACCAAAGUGGACCCAGACCAAUGGAGUCAGGAGACUAGAGAAGAAGAACGAUUUGCGCUGGAGAUCCUCCCCGAUGUCCUGGAAAAGCAUUAUGGGUAUAAACUCUUCAUUCCAGACAGGGACUUGAUCCCAACAGGAACAUACAUCGAGGACGUGGCGCGCUGUGUGGACCAGAGCAAGCGCCUCAUCAUAGUCAUGACGCCCAGCUAUGUGGUGCGACGGGGCUGGAGCAUCUUCGAGCUGGAGACGCGCCUGCGGAACAUGCUGGUGACGGGCGAGAUCAAGGUGAUCCUGAUCGAGUGCGCCGAGCUGCGUGGCAUCAUGAACUACCAGGAGGUGGAGGCACUCAAGCACACCAUAAAGACCCUGACGGUCAUCAAAUGGCAGGGCCCCAAGAGCAACAAGCUCAGCUCCAAGUUCUGGAAACACUUGCAGUACGAGAUGCCCUUUAAGCGGCUGGAGCCCAUCAUCUCCCAUGAGCAGGUGCUGGACGUGAGCGAGCAGGGGCCCUUCGGCGAGCUGCAGACCGUCUCGGCCAUCUCCAUGGCGGCCGCCACCUCCACUGCCAUGGCAACGGCGCACCCGGAGCUGCGCUCCACCUUCCACAACACCUACCACUCCCAGAUGCGGCAGAAACAGUACUACCGGAGCUACGAGUACGACAUCCCACCCGCUGGCACGCUGCCACCGCUCUCCUCACUAGGCAACCAGCACACCUACUGCAACAUCCCCAUGACUCUGUUGAACGGCCAGCGGUCACAGGCCAAGUCGCCACGUGAGCAAAGCCUGGAGGAGGCACACGCCAAUAACGCUAUGCUCCCGCUGCUGCCCCGUGAGACCAGCAUCUCCAGCGUCAUCUGGUGA